UUGUGGUGACUUAUGGAAACUGACGCCAGGCUCUUCUCUGACAGAGGACAUUAUAUAUGCAUAGGGCAGCGCCUCAUAUAAAGGGAGGCAGGUAGGCAGGCAGUGUCCGACCCGGCUGGCGGUGGUGGGCGGGAGACGCGCCUUAAAUGGAGAGGCUUGCAUGGGACCGCUUCUGUAUUACGUUUUGAUGAAAAGAGCAAAGGGACCCAAUACAUUCAGAGUCAAAGGCUUACGAGGGACGACCCCGCCUCCCCUGACCCUCGUCGCCACACGUCGCCAGAGCCGCCGCCUCACCUGGGCCCAGGUACGCUGGCCGCCACGCCCGCCCUGCUGUCACUCGGCCGACAAGCACACUCUCAUCACGCUUAGUGUCAGCCGGAAUUCAUUACCUACAUUUGAUUAAAAAAUUAUUAAAUGAAGACGUGGUGAAAACCGGCCUGGCUGGUGCAACAAAGGUGGACUCUGUGGGCGGGGUCUGGAGCGGCCAUAAAGUUGAUGAACGAGAGGAGUACACAAAGGGGCGUGGCCCCCACAGGUGUAGCCACUCAGGGCGCGUUUCUAGUCUCGCUUGGGAGGAGUUGGUGGCUGAUUGGCUGCUGUUAUCUAGGUGGGCGGAGUCUCUUGCUGUCUAGUGUGUGUACCUGUUGUAAAGGAAGUAUUAAGCCUUGUCAGGAAUUACAUGUCAGUCUGUUGGACUUUGCCGUGAGUGUUACACGCGCGUGUAUGUAACAACGUUACGGCUGCAUAAACUAGCCUGCCAACGCCUGCAGCAGUGCGUGGGUGCAUCUAAGUGACAGGGGAGUGUGCGUGUGUGUGCCCUCCCCCUGGCCUGCGUGGCCCGCCCGCCCCACCACCCGCAGCGGCCGCGUGCUGGUUGGACCCUAGGGAGGCCCUAGCCCCUGGGCACGUCGUCCCGGGCCGCCCGCCUCGCCACGCCCCCGUGUACCCCGCCACCCGCGCCCACAUGGCCGCAGCUGCUGCCCCGCCCGCGCCCGCCGCUGCCUGACCCACAUGCGACUAAACCCUCCGCCACAAUUUUGCUGUGCUUGCCGCUGUUGCCGCGCCAUGCGGGAGCCCGCCUUUGGGCAGUGGUAGUGUGAGACAGUGGUAGUGUGGUAACUGUGGUGACUGUGGAGAAGUGCAUCCUCUCAGCCAUUGCCAAGGUGGGAGAGCCACCGAGAACCAUCGGCGGACCUGAUGGCGGGGUAAGCGCUAGCGCGCCCUUCCUUCGGCCGCCGCCCUCCACCUCCUCCUGUGGGCGCUUCCAGACCAUGACGAUGACUACGCCGCCCUACGCACAGCCCCUCGGCUAUCAGCAGACCGCACAGUACAAUGCUCCCGGCUACGGCUUCCCGCCCAUGUACCAGGGCUCGUACGGCUACCACAUGGGACCGUACGCGCCCGUCCAGUGCCCCUCCCCGCCCAGAGACGAUGCGUGGUACAAGCACUACAAGCAUGAGCUGGACGGGGUGCGAGUCAACGGCAAGGGCAAGAAGAUGAGAAAGCCGCGCACCAUCUACUCGUCCCUCCAGCUGCAGCACCUCAACAAGAUCUUUCAGCGGACGCAGUACCUCUCCCUGCCGGAGCGCGCGGAGCUGGCCGCCUCCCUGGGCCUCACACAGACGCAGAUCAAAAUCUGGUUCCAAAACCGACGGAGUAAAUACAAGAAGUUGAUGAAGGCGGCCCAGACCGGCAGCGGGCCCAGCACACCCAUGGGGGCUCCCAUCACCCCCGGGUCACCCCUGGCAGGAUCGCCGCUGGAGGGGUCCUCGCCUCUAGGGCAGCCACUGCCCUCAUCUACACCGCAGAGCAUUUCACCCACGCCGCCCGCUGCCCAGAGUCCCCCCUCCUCCCACCCUUACACCAGCAUGGCCAGCACUCCCCACGGGGCCUCCUCCCAGGGACCCUCGCCCUCGGGGUCAUCUCAGCAGCAGCAACAACAACAACAACAGCAGCAGCAGCAGCAGCAGGGUCCAUCGUCACAGACUCCGUCACAACAGUCGUCUCAGCAGCAGCAGUCCAGCCACAGCUCCUCUUCUCAAGCGGCGACGGCCGUGGGAGACCACCUGCCCCCGCCCCUCUCCUCGCUUCCCCCCUCAGCCUCCUCCCCCGGGCUUGCCGCUCACCCGUGGGGAGACAUGAAGCCCCCCGUCACCAUGCCCUACAUGUACUCGUGGUACAAUGCCGAUAACCAGCACAACCUCUUGACUUAGGUGGCCCCGACCCACCACACCCAUCCCACCCACACCGCCCCGCCCUGCCAGGCCAGCCUCGCUCUCCAGGACUUGUGGCCCCGCCACCUGCGACUGUUUCCUUCUCGGUGAGCCCAAGACGCUCCUCGUCAGUUCGCCGCUGCCAUGGUCGGCGGCUGAGGGGCGUCAGCGUGUGGCUCACCAUCGGCUGGGAGUCACUGUCCCCUUAACCAAAGAUUCAUUAGUAUCGUACCUAAGUUACCUUGACCCACGGGCUGGCAGUGCCCCGGACACUUGCCGUGCACGCAAUGAGGAUCCUCAGCAAUAAGGAGGAGGGCAGAGGCGUCGCCGUGGCAGCGAGAACAGUGAGCAGCGAGCAGCGCCGCCCGCCGGGAAUGAGUGGGCCUGAACACGUCCGAGUGAUGCGACACCCGAGUGAAGUGUUGAGUAGGAGGCGAACGCGGCGCGUCAAUAAUGGAUGACAUCGGAACCGACUGUUGUUCCACGUGUCUCAUUCCAGUAGCGGAGGCGACGCUUGUGAGGGCGAGAACCAACUAGACAAAUUAAGAGUGUAUCCAGCUUUAAUGUUUCUGGAGGAAGACCAAACACACACACACACACACACACACACACACACACACACACACACAUGCUCACACACACACACACACACACACACACACACACACACACACACACACACACACACACACACACACACACACACACACACACACAUUCCUCCAGAAUCCCGUCAAUCCUCCCACACCCCUGUUCCCCUCCUUCCUCCAGGUCUUCCCCCUCCCCCCUCCUCUGCUUGUCGCUUGAUAGAUUCUUUGAACAAUAAAAGUGUGUAAGUCAGGACAGCUGCGGUGGCGAGAGUGUGCGGCCCGGCCCGGCCCGCUGCUGUGUGAUGAUUCUGUGAGGAUAUUGGUGAAGAAAACCGAUAACAAUAAAUAUUACAAAUAAAUAAGUCGAAAGUAACAAUAAAUAAAUAAUGUAGGUGCAUAAUUUUCAUAAUAAAUAAAAUACCGUAUGUGAUAUUUGAAGGAUGAAUGGGAACUUACAUUAAGUAUACAUGACAGACCACACCGUAAAAAGUAUUCGUUACAGAUUCUUUCCGUUAUGCAGUUCAUUUCUUUCGAUAUGAAAGUGUUGCUGGGCCAGGGAGUGGCGAGUUGAGGACAGCCCCGCACAGGGCCGCGGCACAGCACUGUGUGGCGCUGCUCGGCGAUGCACCGUGCCGCCCCGUCAGGCGCCAUGCUGUGUCCUGAGCGCCUUGCAGCACCACACAGCACCAUGCAACACCUCACAGGGCCGUGUAGUGCAUGGCACACAGCGCCAUGCAGCGCAGUGCAGUCCCACGCAGCGCCCUGCAAAGCUGCACAGCACGGGAAGGGGCCGCCCGGCGCUACCUUUGCGGUGCCACACCGUGCAGCGCCGCCGAGCCUGGGCGAGCGUAGGCCGCGCGCUACACUCCCUCAGGGGCAGUGCGGAGUGACGCCACGCACGGACGCGAAAGUUUUCAAUGUUUUAAUUGUUCAAAACUUUAAUCAGGGUAAUUUUCUGAGUUAUACUUUAAUAUAUAUAUAUGUAUCUAAGGACGUAACAGUAAAGCUCUGCCGUGAAGGCGGUCAGGAGCUUCUCCCGUGACCCGGCUGUCCCCGACUACUAGGGGCGCCGGGGGGAGAACGGUAACUUGUGACUGCACAGAGGUGACACGUCUUGCAUGGUUCGUUGUGGAUGGCAGAACACAAUUCAGCAUUACCUCUGUUUCUAUGCACUCGCUGAGGGCGACACGUUUCCUUGGCGAGGCGCCGCCCGACCCUCCCACGCGGUCGCUCUAGUGUAGUAAGUCUGGCGCAGUUUCUUGGUCUUAUUUCCUACGCUGGCGAUAAUUUGUUUUCCGUUUGUUAGCCUUUUCCUGUGUUUCCACUCGUUUUAUUGUGUGUCGCGGCGGUGCCCGGCGCCGAGGUGAGGGGAACCUGAUGUUACUACAGUCAACUUUACGAAACAAUGUGUAGUCUUAGAUAGAAUUAUCACACACACACACACACACACACACACACACACACACACACACACACACACACACACACACACACACACACACA